GACGAGACUGCUGGCAUCUAUGGGGCUGCAGUUGAGAGACAUCCAGGUGUUGUUUCUGGUACUGAUGGUUGUGGCUGAACCGUUUCUUUGCUGUGCUGCUGCAGAUGGUGGCGUGGUCCCCCGAACGAGUAAGGCCACACCUGCAGCCGACGACGAUCCCUUGGUGACACUCACGAACUGCUUUCCCAGCGUAAUACUCAGUCCUUCCAACAUCCCAUACACCUGCGAAGUUAAAAAUGACCAAACACUGAUUGGCUUGAACCUCUCCGCCUCGUACUACAACCCAACCCUCAAUCCUGGCUGGCCGGCGACUCUUGAUGCGGGAGCCAAUACCAUUACAUUCAUGCCUAUUAGUGGGGCGACUUCAGGACGUUGGGAAUUGGCCAUCACAUCGUUUUCUUAUAUUGAGAAAAAAAACGUUCCUCUGACGACCAAUAAGAGCAUGGACUUCAUGCGCAUCGGUGCGACCGAGGCGAAUUUCGAUGCGCUCUUUCCGUAUUACGGUAUGGGUGUAUCUUUUGCACCCAACCUCCCGAGUGGCACCGUGGCUUCCGACUACAUGCUGGUCCGCUCUUUCAAUGACUGCCAGUACACCCCUGCAAACUGCACUGACUCUGUUGGGUGCUACAGAAUGCUGCCACCCGCUCAUCUUCCCCCUCCGGGCGAAUACAGGCUCUGUGUGACGUCAAAUGACUGGCAUUCCCAAUACCUUCUGUGGGGUGCGGAAUCUCUUGAGGUGCAGAUGUUGAUGGCCACGCCACUGUAUUUGACAGCUGGUAAAGACAGAAAUGUCGUGCUGCAGGAUGCGGAGUCUGUG